UGGUCUCGCGUGGUGGGGAUCAUCCAUAUUGCUGCUGGUGGAGGAGAUAAGGUUGUAAUCCUGAGAAGCCUUCGGACACGUUUCUUUAUAUUUUCUUGUACAUAUGUUUUAACCAGCACCUGCUGCUCUGCGUCUUCGACUGAAGCUCGUUGGUCUAGGAGCGGCAGAAUCCGCGGAACAACUUCACAUUUCCUUGAAAUUGAAGACAAAUUCGGGCCAGGGGAAGGACUGGUAAUCCUGAGGGGAAGAAGAAAGACGGUGGUGGGGAAAUGGCCACUCAGGUGGAGGCUCUCCUGCCCGGCAAUCCGCUCGCCAAAGCGGAGGAGCACGGCAAAAUGAUUGGAGGUGAGCCGGAGGAAGAGGUUGGCGGCCGGGGCGACGGGGCCAAGCGGCAGACUGAUGUCGCCGACCAGGGGAGCAGCAGCAGUAGCAGUAGCAGCAGCAGCGGCGGCGGCAGCAGCCCCGAGAAGGGAGGCACCCCUGGUGCGGAGGAGCAGAGCUCCAAAGAGCCGACGGAGGAGAGCAAAGAAGACUGUGACAGCGACGACAAGCAAGGCGAGGAGGGAGUUAAGAGCAGCAGAAAGGAGUUUACUGAAGCUCCCCCGCCCAAGGUGAACCCGUGGACUAGGAAAAUGAACGCCGUGACCGUGGUCAGCGUGAAUGGACAAGCACACCACGGUGCAGGACUGAGCAGCAGUGUCAGUGGAGUCUUACGUGAGUCCACUGGCCCCGCCAAGGUGGUGAGAGCAGGGAACCCACCCAAACCCAGACGAGGAGGAAAGGUUGGAGAUUUUGGCGACACAAACAGCUGGCCGACACCAGGGGAGAUCGCGACUAAAGACAUGCAGAUCGAGGCAGUGACACGGACCGUGUCCUGCCCGCCGACUGUCAGGCAGGUCAGGGACUCGUGGAGAUUCACUGUCCCCAAGAGGACGACGGCCAAGAAGGAGUCAAAGGAGAAGAGGGAGAGCAACGAGGAGAGCAAGGAGAACCUGAAGGCCAAGUCUGACGACUCUGGAGAGGAGAAGAAUGGCGACGACGACUCCCAGAAGAACGGCCCGAAGAAAAAAGGAAACAAGCAGAAGUGGGUUCCUCUGAUGAUCGAGGUGAAGUCGGAGGGUCCACGAGAGCGAUCGGCCUCCAGGAACAACAGCCGACAGAACGACAACCCCCGCCUCCCUCCUAACGCCAGGAACGACCUGAGAGACUGGCACAGUCAGAAAUACGAGCGGGAGUGGCGCGACGAUCACGACGAAGUGUCCAGCGUGAAGAGCGAGGGAGCGCCGUUCCGCGGAGGUUUCAGGGGACGCGGACGUGGACGAGGAAGAGGACGUGGACGAGGCAGAGGCGCCGGCAGAGGCCACUAUGACUUUCACUACGGCUACAAGUCGUACGAUAUGAAAGACGGACCCUACGGCCAGAAGUUCGGUAAUUCUGUGACCUACUACUACGACAACAUGAGCAGCAACGACGUUUACGCCGUGGACCAGGACCUGCUGAAGGACUACAUCAAGAGGCAAAUCGAGUACUACUUCAGCCUGGAAAACCUGGAGCGGGACUUCUUCCUUCGGAGAAAGAUGGAUGAGGAGGGAUUCCUGCCCAUCGCACUCAUCGCCAGCUUCCACAGAGUUCAGGCUCUCACCACCGACGUCAACACCAUUCUGGAGGCUGUGAAGGACAGUAAGGAAGUGGAGAUAAUCGACAUGAAGAUCCGUCGGAAGGUGGAUCCUGACAAGUGGCCUCUUCCGGGCCUGAAUAUGCCGAACCAGACCCACACCGACUUCUCCCAGCUCAUAAACUGCCCCGAGUUUGUCCCGAGACAAAUGCCCGAGGACUCCAGCGGUUCCCCGCGGGCGUCCACACCGUUGAAGCAAAAAACCAAGACUGAAGCAGACACCUCUAACCUUAAGACCAUGCCCAAGGGCCUCUCAGCCAGCCUCCCUGACCUCGACUCCGAGUCCUGGAUCGAGGUCAAGAAGAGGCCCAGGCCGUCCCCCGCCAGACCCAAGGUCAGCACAGAGAAGGCCCCCUCGUUGCAGCAGCAGCAGAAGGAAAAGGACGAGUCGAGUCGCUCCCCGGUGCAACAGCCUGGCUCCACACCCGCUCCUGCUACUCCAGGAAACAAGGACGGAGCCGAGCAGGACGAACCGGAGGAGCUGGACUUCAUGUUCGACGAGGAGAUGGAGCAGAUCGACGGGCGGCGCAACACGUUCACCGACUGGUCGGACGAGGACACGGACGGCGAGAUCGACGACCACGACGUCAACAAGAUCCUGAUCGUCACACAGACGCCGCCGUACCUGCGGAAGCAUCCCGGCGGCGACCGCACCGGCCACCACACGUCACGCUCCAAGCUGAGCAGCGAGCUGGUGAAGGUGAUCAACGACGGGCUCUUCUACUACGAGCAGGACCUGUGGGACGACACGUACGAGCCCGAGUACGCCACCAUCAAGCAAGAGGUGGAGAACUUCAAGAAGGUCCACCUGAUCACCCGGGAAGAGUUUGACUGCCUGACCCCUGAGCCCCCAGUUGACCCCAACCAGGAAGUCCCACCUGCUCCACCGCGACCCCAGCAGAUCCCCACAGACGCUCUGGCAAACAAACUCUUCGGCGCCCCGGAGCCGUCCUCGAUAGCUCGCUCUCUCCCGACGACUGUGCCUGACUCGCCCAACUACCGCAGUGCCCGCACGCCCCGCACACCUCGCACGCCUCACCGCAAGGACCCCACCAUGACGCCGCGCUUCUACCCCGUGGUGAAGGAGAGUCGGCCCGUCGACGCCAAAACACCCAGGAAGAGGAAGACCCGGCACAGCUCCAAUCCACCCAUGGAGUGCCACGUGGGCUGGGUGAUGGACUCCAGAGAGCAUCGGUCACGUACUGCCUCUGUCAGCUCCAACGCCAGCCCGUCAGAAGGAACCCCUGCCCUGGGGAACAUUGGCUGUACGCCUCAGUCGCUGCCUAAGUUCCAGCACCCGUCACACGAGCUGCUCAAAGAGAACGGCUUCACGCAACACGUUUACCACAAGUAUCGCCGGCGCUGCCUAAACGAGCGAAAGCGUCUGGGAAUCGGUCAGUCCCAGGAGAUGAACACGCUCUUCCGUUUCUGGUCGUUUUUCCUGCGCGAUCAUUUCAACAGGAAGAUGUACGAGGAGUUCCGACAGCUGGUGGUCGAGGACGGGAAAGAAGGAUACAGGUACGGUCUGGAGUGUCUCUUCAGGUACUACAGCUACGGUCUGGAGAGGAAGUUCAGGCCAGACAUCUUCAAGGAUUUCCAGGAGGAAACGAUGAAAGACUAUGAAGCUGGCCAGCUUUAUGGACUGGAGAAGUUCUGGGCUUUCCUUAAAUAUUCCAAAGCCAAGAACUUGGAGAUCGACGCCAAGCUGCAGGGAUGUUUGAGCAAGUUCAAGCGACUGGAAGAUUUCAGGAUCGACCCCCCCAUGGAGGAAGGCGGCCGCAGAAGACACUCGUCCAGCGGGGACGGUCGGCGUCGUCAUCUCUCGCAGCCUUCCAGUCGCCCCCACAGCCAGGCCGGCUCAGGCCCCGCCCCCGCGGCAGCGUACAGUCACGCCGCUGCUGCCGCCGCCAAACUCGCCAGCCAGAAAACAGCGAGCGCGGCUGCGGCUCCUGCGACUGCGGCUCCUGCGACUGCGGCUCCUGCGACUGCGGCUCCUGCGACUGCGGCUCCUGCGACUGCGGCUCCUGCGCCUGACGCCAAGACGCUGAAGUAA